AUGUCUUCAACAACAAACGACCAACAGCAACAGAUGAUGGAGAAGAAUUUGGAGUAUAGAGUGUUUGAUGUAAACUCUGAUGGAGUCGAGAGGAGAUUAUAUGUAGAUGUGAUCAAUGAAGACAUUGAUACAAAUGUUUGGAUGUCAAAGGUAGCUGAUCCUGCAGCUGGUGCAAUCUCAUCAUUCAUUGGCACCACUCGCAAUAACUUCAAAGGCAAACAGGUUGAAAGACUAGAAUACGAAGCCUACAUACCAAUGGCAAUCAAAGAGAUCGAUAGAAUAUGUCAUCACAUCUUCCAAAACUAUACUGUACUUCAUAUUGCUGUUGCUCAUCGUAUUGGCCUUGUACCCAUUGGUGAAACAAGUAUAUUGAUUGCAAUAUCAUCGGCACAUCGACAUGACUCAUUGUCAGCUGUACAAUAUGGGAUUGAUACACUCAAGGCCACUGUACCAAUAUGGAAGAAGGAGUUCUACAAAGAUGGAAGCAUAUCAGUUUGGAAAGAUAAUUGCGAAGCAUGUCACUAUACUACUGCACCAAAUCAUAAUCAACAUCAUCACCACUGA